UCAUAAACGUUGCCGGAUCGCCGGUUCUUGGACCAAUCUUGUCUUCUCUCUAGUUCCAUCACAAUCCUGUGCUUUCUUCUUAGUAGCUUUGGCAUUUACUGCAUAUGGCAACGGCGACGGGUGGUGGUGAAGAGUUUCCAAAAAAGCUGCAACUUUAUUCUAUUUUCAUGGGCACUCCCUCUUUUCGUGUUCGUAUUGCUCUCAACAUAAAAGGACUUGAUUAUGAAUACAAAGCCAUUAAUCUGUUCAAACGAGAGCAGCACAAUCCUGAGUUUUUAAAGAUCAAUCCUAUGGGGUAUGUGCCUGCUCUUGUGGACGGUGAUAUAGUGCUUGCUGAUUCUUUAGCAAUCAUAUUGUACCUCGAAGAGAAGUACCCUCAGCAUCCUUUGUUACCUCAUAACCUGGAGAAAAGGGCAAUAAAUUAUCAGGCUGCAAAUAUUAUUUGUUCGAGCAUACAACCUCUCCUAAGCAUACCAAUUUUGCAAUACGUCGAAGAAAAUGUUGGUCCUGACGCGAAAAUUCCAUGGAUUCUAAAGCAUGUGGGAAAGGGCUUUGCUGCGCUGGACAAAUUACUAAAAGAUCAUGCUGGAAAGUAUGCAACAGGAGAUGAAAUUUUUCUGGCUGAUUUGUUUCUGGCUCCACAUAUCAUUGCCAUGUCACAGAGAUACAACUAUGACAUGACUGAGUUCCCUCUUCUAUCCAGGUUGAGUGAGGCAUACAAGCAGGUACCUGCUAUCCAAGAUGCUAUGCCUGAAAAGCAGCCAGAUUUUCAAAUCAAUUGAUGGGAAGGUCUCUCUUUAUGCAUCUACUAUCAGUUGUGGCGCUUUCCUGUGUGUCAUGUUACAACUCAAGAUUGUAAUGCUUUCGUGUGUGGGGUGUUAUAUCCAAGGAUUGAGACACUUUUGUGUAACAUGCUAUAUUUGUUUUGUUUUCGCAUUUGCUGGUAAAGUAUCGUGAUUCCAAGAAUAUUGUAAUUUUUGUUUAUAUUAAAAAUGUAAACGCAUUUGGGAA